GUGUGUCGAUAGAUUGUAUGUAUGUAUAUAAACCGGCGUCGAGGUGUGCGCGUGUGUCGCGCCGUUGAUGACGUUGCCACUGCGUCACAACCGCGUACGAAAGGAAAAGUUCAAGUACGAAAAUUUAAGAUUACAACGUAUUGCGACAUUUUGAGAGGGGUGUAAUAUUUGACCAUAGCCAUACAGUCAGCGAUGUAACUACUGAGCAGGUGUACCUAAUGGUGGCCAGUCAAUGGGUUAAUGUUACCACUGUCUGUUUCCGAUAUCCCAAUAUAUUUAGGGAGAAUGCCGAUAUACGAUAUAUAUCCCGAUAUUUUUUCCAUAAACUGAAUUUAGACAAAACUCAAAGCCAAAUACAUGCGUUGUAGAAAAAUAGCUAAAGUUAAAUAUAAUGUGCAAUCAUCAGUCAUGGUCGUCUAUGCAGCCGGGGUAGCAGUGUUAGCACUUCCAUCUAACGUUCCUCGUGGCGACAGACGAUGGCAUGGUUGACGCCGUCUUUAUCCAGCAACCUUUUUACUGUUGUUUUCGUUGUUCACUCCUGCUAUGCAGCCUCUCCUCCUUCAUAUCUCUGCGGGAUAUCCGAUCGCUCGUCGUAGCAAAGGGGUACUCAGAGCUAACAGCUGCAAGUGUAAACAUGGAGCAAGCAGCAAGCUACAAACGUAAUAAAAUAAACAUCCAUAGCUGAACACUUGCUUGAGGGGUCGAUAUGGCACUAAAAACAAUAGCACUAUUAAAUACCUCUAAAAACGCAGCAGGAGCCGCCAUAACUAGCUUGUACUCAGACGCCGCCAUCUUGAAACAUGAGACUUCCGCAUCAAAUCUGGUCUGUAUCGAUACGAAGGAUAUGCUUGUUUUUUUAUAUCCUGCUUAAAAUAAAUAUAGAUAUUUUUGAAACAUUGAUAUAUAAAGAGCAGAGCAGGGGGAGGCCUACAGCUUGUACCUGGGAACGCCCAUAUAGGGAGGAUCACUGUGAUGUCACAAGGAGCCAGCAUUUAAAAAAACCUCUCAAACCGAGCAUUCAGAGCCAUGCUAAACUUCUCUCAGGGUUCACUUCCAAAUGUGCAAACCUCAUUAUCUGAAACUUUGGCAUCGUUUAACACAAAAGACAACAUUUUAACAACAUUUAUAGAAGCUGCUGUGGUCCAAUGAUGAUGUGCCUCCUGUGUCUCCUCCUGGUGGUGGUCGUCCAAGGGGAGCCCUGCCUCAUCAUCAGUGAGAUCAAUGCAGACAACCCAAGACUGGACACCACUGAGUUUGUGGAGCUCUAUCACACGAGCGGACAGCGGUCCUCUUUGGAUGGCUACACCCUGGUCUUCUAUAACGGGAAUGGGAAUGUUGCCUAUAAAGUGUUGGACCUCAAAGGCCAGAGUACAGAUGAUAGAGGGUUCUUUCUCGUUGGCUCUGUGGACAUGCUACCCAAACCUGCCAUCCUCCUGCCUCCAAACACAGUCCAGAAUGGUCCGGAUGCAAUUGUGCUCUACCACACGUCUGCAGCACGAUACAGCGAGAAGAUGGACGUCACAUCAAUCGGUUUGGUGGACGCUGUUGUUUAUAUGACACGCAAAACCGGCGGUGCAGAGGUCCUUGCAGAGACCCUGACGCCAGGAGAGCCGGCCUUUGUGGAGGAUGAAACCACCUUGGAAGGGGAUGAAUCCAUUGAGAGGUGCCUGUUGUCUGAGGAUCGUUGGGGCUUCCGGGUGUCCUCUCCCUCCCCCGGACAGAGGAAUAACUGUACCCCCACUGUUGCCUCGGCGACUAUGCCCGUCAUCACUGAGCUGAAGCUUGGUGGAGGUCAGGUGGACGGUUUUGUGGAGCUCACAGAAGCCCCAGAGGCAGGUCCUCUCGUUCUGGUGGUGUUGGAUGGUCGAACAGACAAAGUGAGUGUCAGUUUAAAUGUGGACCCCGCAAGGAAUGGACUCAUCUCUAUGACUGUGGAAAAGAAGUAUAUGAAAGGUGAUGAGUCUGGGGCAGUGGCUAUAUACAGUGGCAGGACGACGGAGUUCCCCGUGGGAAGCCCUUUAAGUCAGAUCCAGCCUCUGGACUCGUUUGUGUUUGCUGGUCCUGGAAAUAAACCGAGUGCCAACCUCACAGAGACCCUCAUCCCUGGCAGGCAGCCUUAUCAGCUCAGCACCAGUUUGAAAGAGGGAGGAUUCUACCUCAGUCGUUGUGGUGUGGCCACAUGGACCAGAGAUCCUGGUGUAUUUUGGGAGGCCCCGCAAACCCCGGGGCAGCCCAACCAGUGCCCCUGGCCAAAAAUAUGCCCUCACAGCACGGGAGGAGCUGUAGAUGCAUCCCCACACCUCCCACCUUGGGGAAAUAGCAACUUCCUCAUCAAUGAGCUUAAUACGGAUACACCCGGCGCUGCUGAGGAUGGCGAGUAUAUCGAGCUAUGGCACCCCUCAGGACGCCGCGUCUCCCUGCAGGGCAUCUGGAUACUCCUUUUCAGCGCCCACAACAACAAACCCUACAGGGAGAUCAGCCUCAGUGGACACUUCACCACCGCUAAGGGCUACUUCCUGUUGGGCAGUGACAGAUUGGUGCCGGCACCCUCUCUCCGCCUUCCUCCCAAUACCAUCCAGAACGGGCCAGAUGCGGUGGCGCUCUAUCGCAGCCGCUUUGGUCCGCCGUCAGCACAACAACGGGGGAUCCCCACCAAAGGGCUCCUGGAUGCUGUUGUUUACCGACAGAGGGGAUCCGAUAUGGAGGCACAAGAGUUGAGUAAAGCGCUGACACCGGGACAGCUCCCCCUGCUGGAGGAUCCGGAGGUUCUACCUGAUGAUGAGGCGCUCAGCCGCUGCAGGGGUCUUUACCCCUAUGACCUGUCUGCCUUUUCUGUAGCUCCACCAACUCCGCUGAGGGAGAACAGCUGUCCCCGCCCUCCUCCACCUCCAGAGGGUGUGGUCAUCAGUGAGGUGGCCAGUGGCCUCUGGACCAAUCACAGCCAGCAGAGGGCCUUUGUGGAGCUGCACGGUCCCCCAAUGACGGAGCUGCGUGGCCUGGUGCUGGUUGUGUUUGACCAGGAGCGUGCCAUCACGGCUCUUCCUCUGACCGGAUCUGUCGACCAGGAUGGAUUUUACAUGGUGGGGAACAUCACAGGAGCAGAUCAGACUUUCCCAGAAGGCAGUGCAGUGCCGGCAAGAGGGGCGGUGGUUCUGUGCUACGACCUCUUCAGCGUGUGCAGAGCUGGCACUGCUUUGACCAACUCCAGCCUGCGAGACCAGCUGGUGUUCAGUGAGAACCAGGUCCUGCUCUCCUCCCUCUCCACCAAUAGAGGGAGCCAGGUUUUACCAGCACUGAGGUCAGUCCAAGAUGGUCUGGUCUCCCUCAGUCGGUGUGCGUGCUGUGAGGCAAGGAGCUCCUCUUCGUGGACGACGUCUUCUCCGACUCCUCACCGCGGCAACAUCUGCCCAAGCUCCGCCUUCUCCAGUCAGAUCGAUGUUUGUCUUGGACCGCUGUCCAGGGACUGGCCAAGGGUGGAGUUGAGAGACUGCAGUGGGCUCAUUCACGGAACGAGGGUGGCACAGGUGGCUGACUAUUUGGAGCAGAAGUGUCUCUGUGGAAUUACUGCUUUAUCUCUUCAAGGGGCCAAUUUCUCAUGCGUGUCUGGCUGGUUGCGAGUGUGGGGGAACAUCCGGGCCUUGUCAGACCAUCAGAGGGCCCUCAUCAUCCAAACAGCGCCCAUGAACCUCUCACACCCCCAGACGGAUGUUUGCUCUGCCCCCACCACAGGCCGCCGCACGAGCGCAGGUUCGGCCCUGGGUUUACAGAUUGGUCUUAUUGUUGCUGUACUCCUGCUGCUCGCGCUUGGAGCUGCUAUAUUCACAUAUUUCUACAAAAGAAGGCGUCCUUUGGACUAUUACACGAUGGAGCUGAGCGAGCAUGCUGAGGGACUAUCAGAGCUAUAAUCCAGGAAGAAGAAAACAUCCUGGAGGUGAUGAGUGUGUUAUCAGAAGGGGUGUAUGCGUGUGCGUGUAUGUGUGUUUAUGUGUGAUGAUGAAAACGAUGACAUUAGAACAUAUUUUUGUAAAGGUAUUGUUGCGUGAACAUUGCUGGUUACGACUAUGAAGUGGACUCUACCGGGAGGGAGGCGGGUGAAUUUUAAUACUUCAGAGUAAUGCUCAUUUUUCUUCAUGUGGGAGAAAAUGAGCAGGAAUUUGCAUUUAAUGCUCUUAUCUUCCUUGCGUUCUUACCCGGUGUUGCAUCCAAUAGAUGUAGAAUGUGACUGUUUUAAGAUGAUGUAACCACUUUUACAUGACGACGUGAAGCAACCUGUUUACAUGUUCUUGAAAUCGAAAAGGGAUGUGUUUUUUUCAUUUUUUCUUCUAAUGAAGUUAACUUAGUGUCUGGGAUAUUUGGGGGUCUGUUUAUGUUGAUAGUGCCUCAGAAAUGGCCACAGUGCCUUUUUCUUUUUUCUUUUUUUUUUUUUUUGCUAAGCCCUCAUUUACUAAGGGACCAGCUGCAAGACUUCUGAUGUGGUUUUCUACAUUCUGCACAUGCCAUCCAAUUAUAUGCAGAGGAGUAUGAGGGCCACACUGACAAGAAAAAAAAUAAAGUUAUGUGAAGUUAUGCAUUCCUAAUAGUGUGAGAGUAAAAGUCAUCAUAUAAUAGUAUAUACAGAUUAGGGAUGUUCCGAUCGGGGUUUUAUGCUGUUGAUACCAAUCCCGAUAAUCCAUGAGUGAAAUCGUCCGCUACCGACACCAAUACCAAUACCGAAGUGCUACAUAGUGUCUGCAUGCUCCCAAAUCCGUACUGAGGCGGUACUCAUCACUAAAUUUUGAGGCACGUUUUGCACCUUUCAAAACGGGGGCGAAGCUGAUCGGCGCAAGUAUCAGCCAAUAUCGAUACCGUGUUGUUUUUUUUGCUGAUAUCGGCUGAUACCGAUCAGAGCACCCUUAAUAUGGAUUUUUUCUCUUGAAUUAAACUUUUGACUAGGUCUAUAUUUUUUGGCUCUUUGUCCUGUUGGCUAUAUUUUCGUCCUCAUUUUUCAGUGUUGUUCAUAUUGAUCAAUUCUAUUGACAUUCCAUCCAGCAUUGCUUGAUGUGUAAUGACAGUUUUGCUUUUUAAUUAUACUUUAUCUUUGAUGUUUUUUUUAUUAUUUGUUUGUUUCUUUUGGCUUUUUCCUGAUUACGGAGUCGCCACCGCAGACAUAGUACUUUUUAUAGUACUUAUGUGAAAUUAGGAUAUUGCACCCUGAAUAAUGCCAUUUGGAAUACAACUUGAUUUAGUACAACUUUUUCCACAUAGAAAACAGCAGUAUUAAAAGAUGAUUUUCUGUACAAACUAUCCCUGCACUUACCUGCAACACUGGAAAAAAUGAGUAAUUGCUUUUAUAUUCCUUACAGUCCAGUCGGGUUUGAAAUAAAAAAAUUUUAAAAAAUCCCCCUCCAAUUUAUUUUUCCUUAUUUUUGCUUCAUAUCCAUAUUUAUAUGCCAGUUUGUCAUACUCGGCUGUGUAUUUACAGCUGUUGCAUUCCCUGCAAUGUCCCGCUGAGAGGAUCUCA